AGCUGCAGAGGCUCUAGCUACCUUGGAGGGGUGGCUGUGCUGACAGCAUUGAGGCCCCCAUUCCAACCCCACCUCUGGUCCAGGUCUCAGAAAGACCCUGGAGUUAGACGUCAAUAGUCCUCUGGCCUCCAUGCCUCCUGGGUACAAGUCACUGGCCUGAGCCUGGAGGUCAGACAGAGCUGCACACUGUGAUGGAGACUCCACUUGAGAAGGCCCUGACCACUAUGGUCACCACAUUCCACAAAUAUUCGGGGAGAGAGGGUAGCAAGCUGACCCUGAGUAGGAAGGAACUAAAGGAGUUGAUCAAGAAGGAGCUGAGUCUUGGGGAGAAGAUGAAGGAGAGCAGCAUCGACGACCUGAUGAAGAGCCUGGAUAAAAACAGCGACCAGGAGAUUGACUUCAAGGAGUACUCGGUGUUCCUGACCACGCUGUGCAUGGCCUACAAUGACUUCUUCCUGGAGGACAACCAAUGAUGGGGGCUCCCCUCUGCCCUCUCUGUUUGCCACAGCUGUUGACCUCUCUAGCUCCUUUGACAGCCCUCUUUGGCCCCUGAGCCUCCUCUUCCUUCCUGAUAGACUCUUCCAGCAGAGGCAAUAAAGAUUUUCCAUCUCAA